AUGGGCCGCAAAGAGCGUCUUGCCAAGGCUCGUAAGGCUGAGCGACGGGCUACCGAAUUCAACCCUCCUGAUUGGCAACCCGUCUCCCGCCCCAAGCCUCCAAAAGCCCCUCCGCUUGAAGAACCACCAGAAGAAGUCCCAGAACCCCCAGAACCUCCAGCCCCCGGCUUCAAAGACUUCCUCUCCCUCCCCCGCGAGCUGCGCGACAUGGUCUACGACGACCUCAUCACGCCCAACCCCGCCGCCCGCCUCCCGCACUACCCCUCCCCGCUGCACGCCCGCUCCGCCCGCGCCCGCAAGCACGCCAAGGCCCUCCGCAAGGAGAUCCGCGAGGAGCGCGGCUCCAAGACGAACCGGGAGUACGACACGGCGCGCUUCCCGCACCGCAGCUCUAACCCAUGCGCGCCCUACACGGUCGACGCCGCGUUCUUCAGCGAAUCGCCGACGGGCGUCGCGCGCGCGCUCUUCCUGGUGGACCAGCAGAUGCGCGCCGAGGCGGAGGCGGUGUUGUAUAGGAAGGCGACCUUCGUGAACAACUGCAUCGCAUGCGAGCGCCACCCGUACAGCGUAGCGUGUUCGCGCCGCGCAGCUGGCCGCUGGCACUAUGCGGCCGGCGUACCUGCGAUUUUCGAUCUCGAUAAGCCGCGGGAUUGUAAGCGGUUCCGGCGAAGCGAUGUGAGGGGGUGGGAGGAGCGCGCGGCGUAUGUGCUGGCGAUGCCGUGCUUGUGGUGGCUGAGGGUGGAUAUUGGGUCGGCGUUGGUGGGGUGGGAGGCUGAUAUAGGAGAGGGCGGAUAUCAUGUGCGAAAGGGGACGUUGGUUGUGUUGGCGAGGUUGGUUAGGGCGCUUGAGGAGAGGAAGGCGGGUGGGGGUAGGGAGGUGGAGGUGGAGUUGGUGUCGAGGUUUGUGGAGGCCAUGCCGAGGUAUGAUGAGGGGGAGAGGAAUUCUGUGGAGCAGUUGGUGGAGGAGGUGAAGGGGGUGCUGAGGGAAUGGGAGUUGAUGGCGUGUGGGUGCUGUUUUGCGAAGAAGAAGAACGGUGGAGUCUUGGAGAGCAACUUUCCAGCCGGUUCCAAGAAUGGUAUACUUCUCAUGAGAGCGGCUUCGGCCUAG